CUCUCCUCUGCAGACGUCACAGAGUCAUCAGGACGUGAUGGCGGCGUUGGCGUUGACCCCGGCGUGUCCGCAGGCCGCCGCUCUGCUGCAGACGCUGCAGGAAGCCGGGGAACGGGCCCGACAGAAGGCGGUGGACCGGCUUCUGACCGGCCAGCUGCCCGAAGCUCUCUGCAUGAUCAACAUCGCUCUGGAGAACUGCCCACAGGACCCACAGCUCUACCUGUUCAGAGGGAUUCUGUACAGACGUCUGAGAGACUUCACGGCAGCCAUCGAGGAUCUGGUCCAUUCUGUGGAGCUGGGUGAGAAAGAGGAGGAGGAGGAGAGGGAGGUCAGAGGCAGCAUCUCUCUGCAGGAGGACGUGCAGUUCCAGCUGGUGCUCACCUACAAUGAUUUUGCGGUUCAGUGUUUCAGCAGAGGUCUUUACGCCGAGGCCACGCUGCUGCUCACCAAGGCCAUCGAGGAGGGGCGAGGACCAGCCGGUCUGUACCUGAACAGAGGAGACUGUUUCUUUAAGCAGGGGGAGUGGUCCUUCGCUCUGGCGGACUACCAGCAGGCUGAAGAGAUGACGCAGCCUGACGACCCGGCUGUUCGGCUCCGCCUCGCCGUCAUCCACAACACGCUGGGCUCCCUGUGCUUCCAGAACGGGUGUUUCCAGAAAGCAGCUGACAUGUUUUCUUUGGCGGUCCGGUACAACCCCACAGCCGGUCUGUACUACGAGAACAGAUCCAAGGCGUUUAGAAAACUUCUGAACUUUGAGGGGGCCAGGAAGGACCUGAUCUCCCUGCUGAUCCUGGAUCCCACCAACGAGGAGCUUCCUCCCAUGCUGAUGAGUCUGUUCCCCGGCUGCAGUGAGUCUCAUGUCCUGUCGAGUCCAGCAGCUCAGGCAGUCAGAGCUCAGCUGAUGGAAACCAUCCAGGCCUGCAGCUCUUCCUCUGACCAGCAGAGGCUCAGUGAGAAGCUGCAGGAGAUGACUCUGAGCGGUGAGGACUCAGAGAGCCAAUCAGAGGAGCCUUCAGGAGCAGGAGAGGAGCUGAGGUUGUGUCUGAACAAACAGGAGAUGAAGAUGUUUGUGAAGAGCGUCGUGCAGGUAGUAGAGCUGCAGAGCGUUAUGGGAGUAACACAGUAACCAGAGCUACAGCUCCAGCUAGUGGAGGGAGGCUGAACUACAGCGAGGACACGACGUGUGAAGGCUUUAAGACUUACAACAUGAUUGAAGCUGCAGCUUGCAAAGACAACAAGGAAACAGGACGAGUUUCAGACGACUCUCCGUGACCGUCCUCCUCUGGACCACGCCGGACACUGGAGGGGGAGGUCAAAUCCACAGGAGGGAUCUCUGAGUGGACUAAAGAAAAACAUUAAUGUUCAUGAACUCUGAAAAUAAACUAUGAAGACUCAAAGUA